GUUCUCGCCGAAAAAUCCAACAAAAAUACUCCCAGAAUUUCCCGUAUGAUAAAUAAACAACAGAAUCUCAAACAUCAAACUUCAAAUUUUCAGGUAUUCUGUCCAUCUUUGCAAACAUAAUCAUCAACCCCUCCCACUGUCUUAAGGUACCCUAAUCUCUUGGUUCUUCCAUCAUCCCUCAUCGUUGCCGAUUUCUGAUGCUGUUGAUCGCUGUGAAUUGAUUGAUUCGAAUUGGGUUUUAUGAUUUUCAUGGGUUGUUGAAGAAUUCACAAUCUGGGUAGGGGUUCGUUUGAUUCUUGAAUUUGAUUGCACGACUUUGAAUACAAUUGAAAAUCCGUUCAUUUAUAAUUGACUUUUGGUUUGAAAUAAGUUACUUGUUUCAUACACAACCUGGGUAAAGUCUUUUAGGGAAUUGAGGUCAUUUUUUUUUUAUAAUUUCUUGACCUGCUUGCUUUGUGGUUCUAUCAACUCCACUGUUCCGUCUGCCGCCCCCUUGAUCGCACAAAAAACCAUGCUUAUUUUUCAUCUCUGAUUUUAGGGUUUUAUGAUUGUAAACAGCAUGGUUUUAAUUUUCUAAAGGAAUCAUAAGCUGGGAUUACCAUGUUGAUUUACUGCUAAUUAUGUAACUAAUAACAUGUUCUGAUUCUUGUUGCUUCAUUUUGCAAUGUUGAGUAUGUUUGCUUAAAAGAAACAGUUUUUGCUGAAUGUGUACAUGCUCUAUUUCAGGUGGUUAAGGACAUUUGAUUCAGUACCCACCUGAAGUAUUAAAGAGUAGAUACAGAGGUGAAUUGGACAGAUAGAGAGGGUCUAUCUGGUUCGCAGAGCCAUUGAAAUUUCUGCGAGCCUCAAGUCCUCUCUUAUAUUUUUGGGUGUACUCCUAGUGCAUUUGGUACAGGGUUACAUAAGCGAUUCAGCCCUCUCUUAUAUUUUUUGGGUAUACUCCUAGUGCAUUUGGUACAGGGUUACAUAAGCGAUUCAGCCCUCUCUUAUACUUUUGGGUAUACUCCUAGUGCAUCUGGUACAGGGUUACAUAACGAUUCAGUUGAAUUAAGGUCAUCGUUAUGGGUGCUGUUUGUUGCUGCUUGCGUGAUGAGUGUGAAGAUUAUGUUAAUCCCAACAGUUCGAUAUACCGGAACUGCAUUUGUCUUCGAUGCUUUCUUCAGAAUUUCUUAUAUAUGUACACAUCGUUAUUUCAAAGAGGGGAAGAACAUGCCAGGCUUCCGAGCCCUUCAUCCAUUCAAGGGACAACAUCUUUUAGUUCCUCAGCCUCACUUGACAACUCUCUAUCUGGGGUGUAUCGUUCUCCUCCAAGACCCUUGCCUUAUGAUGUUGAUCCUAGGUAUAUUCGUCUUCAAAGAGAUGGACUGGUCUCAAGAAGGGAGAAAGGUUCAAGUCGCUCACAGGAGGAAGGUGAACCAUUAAGAGGAAGUGAUAGUGAUACUGAUACAGAUCCUUUAUGUGCCGGAAACAAAUGGAAUAGCUCAACCUGUGAAGAUGGAACAAAAGGCUCACAGAUAAAGGCGUCUCUGAAGCUUUCAACCCCAAAAGAGACAACUGGAUUUGCACAUAUAUUUUCUUCAUCAGAAGAUGAAGAUGUUUGUCCAACAUGUCUUGAAGAAUAUACUACAGAAAAUCCUAAGAUAGUUACGAAGUGUGCACAUCAUUUUCACCUUGGUUGCAUAUAUGAGUGGAUGGAAAGAAGUGAAAGCUGCCCAGUUUGUGGCAAGGUGAUGGCAUUUGACGAGGCUGUUGAGGCUUAACCCGAAGGUGUUUCUGCUGUGAAUGAGACCCAAAAAGAAUUCAAGACGGCAAAAGAAACCAAGAAAACAGCUUGUAAAUUCUUUGUGAAUAUCCACUGUUAUCAUGUAAAAAAAACGGAAAAUUGGUCGAUAUAAGCUCCAUCACAAGCUGCAUUUUCUUGUGAUAAAUAUUGAUUUUUACUGGUUAUAAUUUCUCAUGUUCCCUUCAGAGAUGUUCCAACAAUUGAGGAAAAUUCUUGGAUUCAUACAGAAAAUAGAUGCUCAUUACAGGGGAAA